CUUCGUGUGGAAGGGUGACGUGGAGGGGGAGAGGGUAUGGAUGAGGAGGAAGAGGGCAGGGAAGGAGACGGCGUCCCCUCCUUCAUUAAAAUUAACCCCGUCAGGAGGAUGUGCAGGGGGAUGGAGGUGGAGGAGUUGGACGACGCCGGGGGGGUGGAGGCAAGUUCAAGCAGCGUGGUGGUGUGCCCCGCGGUGUUGCGACAAGUGUGCGGGCAGAUGCGCCUCUCGAAAGGCGGGCGUGGGGUGCAGUGGUCCCUGACGUCCCUGGCGGCGGUGAGGGGCGUGCUGGCUGCCCGUCCGUACUGGCGCCGCUGCCUGUGCCGGGCCGUGGAGGUGCCCAGCGUCGGGGAGCGUGAGUUGGUGCCCCUGCUCUCCCUCAUGCCGCCGCACCGCUUCAUCGUCAUCAUCGUCACCAACUCCAGCGAAAGCCUUGGUUCGGUGGUGGUGGGUGGAGAGUCGAUGAUUCAGGCCGUGUAUAGAUCUAACAACCUCCCUGGGCUGCGGCCGUGCCUUCAGAGCACUAGUGAGCCCUCCCUCGCCUUCGUCAGCUACGACAUGGGCAAGGGGCGGCAGCGGCGGCGGGAGCACAGCAGGGGCGCCGCGCUGACCCUGCUCAACGGGGGCUGCGUUAAGGUCGGCAUGAUCCUGGUGGGUGUUAUCGCCUGAACAGUCUGCGGUUGUGUUUGUUGCUAAAAGGGUAUCGGGUUUUUUUUCCAUGACACGAGAUAUUUCGAGGGACUUUGCCUCGUUUUGGCCGCUAAGCUACAGUUGGGUAAUGAACGCCAGGGGGCUCACGCACGCAGCCUCCAAUCCGCCCUAUGUGUCCAGGGUGAGGCGUGAGGCGCGUCGUGCGUACGUCAUACAUCGGUACAUGCGACGCUGAAGCACUGACGUCAAUCGUUGCUUUUCUCUCCUCAUUU